UCACAUCAUUUUCAACAGCCAGGAAGUCUAUGUUAUAGGCAGAGGGAGAGAGAAGAGUGCGCGGCACAAAAUAGAGGAAGGCAAGAGCAGUGCAACAGUGUGCCAGGAGAUAACUGCAGUUGCACAAUCCGGGGUUGGACAGAAAAAUCAUGAUGAAGCUGUUCUGUCUGUUGCUGCUGCUAGCUAAUUUCAGCGCUGCCGCCCCUUCGGAGACCUCCGGUGGAGUAGAGCAAACCACCGUGCAUCCCCAGGCCUUCAACCCAGGACCAAGCCCGACCGAGGCCAAGUCACGCUUUGCCAUGCUGGACGACGUUCGCCUACUCGCGAACGGCCUCCUUCAGCUGGGCCAGAGUUUGCGGGAGUUCGUCCACAAGACCAAGGGGCAAAUCAACGACAUCUUUCAGAAGCUGAACAUUUUCGACCGCUCUUUCUACCAGCUCUCGGUGGUCACGUCCGAGAUCAAGGAGGAGGAGGAGGAGCUGAAGAAAACCACCAGCUUCUUGAAGGCCAACAACGAGGAGAUCAGGAACUUGUCGCUGGAGAUCAACUCCAAGAUCAACAACAUCCUGCAGGAGCGCACACAGCUGCAGAGCAAGGUGGGGAGCCUCGAGGAGAGGCUGAAGGGACUGUCAGAGACCAUGAUCCCCGCGGAGCAGAUGAGUGAAAUCACCACGCUCAAGGAAGUGAUUGAGGCACAAGAGAAAACCAUCACCAAUCUGCUGAAAGCUGUGACAGAGCAGCACGAUCAACUUGACCACCAGAAAAGCAAGAUCAAAAACCUAGAGGAAAAGGUAGACAACCAUCCACUAAGCUAUGACAUUUUUCAAGAUACAGUCGAUAAGCCAAUGGAUUCAGACCCUGCGGCUCCAAAUAUGUUUGAAUAUCUGACAGAAAACUCAACUGGCCUGGAUACAAAUGACCUGCCGGUGGACUGCACUGAUGUGUUUGACAAAGGAGAAGCAAACAGUGGAAUAUAUGUCAUCAAGCCUAACCGAUCGGAGCCAUUCAACGUUUAUUGCGAAAUGGGUUCAGAUGGGAGCUCAACUGUCAUCCAACACAGGGUCGAUGGCUCAGUGGAUUUUGACCAGACGUGGGAGACAUAUGAGAAAGGUUUUGGAGAUCUGGAAAAGGACUUCUGGCUGGGCUUAAAGAAGAUCCACAGUCUUGUACAGCAGGGAGCGUACAUCCUUCGUAUCGAUGUUGAGGACUGGAAGGAGGAGAAGCACUGGGCCGAGUACCGCUUUGCACUGGAUGGUCCCUCCGAGGAGUACACCCUUCACGUCAGCCACUUCUCGGGCGACCUGCCUAAUGCCUUGGCCAACAUCACCGGCAUGAGAUUCUCCACGAGAGACAGAAAUAACGACAACCCCCGAAACUCCAACUGCGCUCGCAAUUACUCGGGUGGUUGGUGGUUCAAUGGCUGCAGUGAGACCAACCUUAAUGGAAGGUAUAUGUGGCUGAGGGCAAAGGGUCGCUCUGUGAGGAGAAAGGGCAUCAACUGGAGGCCUGGCCCAGGACUCUCAUAUUCCCUCAAAAUGACCAAGAUCACUAUGCGACCAGCUCCAACUCCUAACACUUUCAACUGAACGCCCCACAACGGACACCUUCUCUUACAUCCCUGCGAGAAUAUCUUUCACAAAUAUUAGUAACUGACUGCUCCCUGACAACAUUUCAAGUGGUGCUGCUGACCGACGGAUAACGAGCCCAUAAAAAUGUCAUGAGUCAGAAAAAAAAGUUGAACCGUCGCAAAUGAUGCAACAAAUAACACACAGGUCGUUAACCUCUUGGGUCUGAUCCAGCAAGGACAGUAGAAUUGUCAUUACGCAACAUCUGCAAUCACUUGCAACAUAGACAUAUUGAUCCAUAAUCAGCAGCAACCCCAUUCAGUGCUGAUUGCAAAAUGUCACAGUGCUGCAGUAGGAGAAAAAUCUAUGAGGACACAUUACAAUUUAGUUGACUUUGGCCAGCUUUUUUUCCGUGAACUUAUACAUAUUUGACAAGUGUCUUGCAUGUUACUAAAAAACUACAUACAAAACAACACAGGUUAUGACAUUAUGCAUGCAAACGACCACACUGGUGAAUGAAGGCCUUGCUUCACCAAAUACAGUACAAAAAUUGGAGAUACAAAGCUUUGGCAGCAAAACUAGUGAGCUUUUCCUUUUGUUUUGUUCUAUGUUUAGUUUUUUUUUACCUCUGUAAAGUAUUUAAACCAUGUUCAUGCUAUUAUAUGAAUUAUGCCGUUACUGUUAAAACAUAACUACCAUGUAUGUCCUAUGUUAUUGAGUCAUAUUGACUUGUAUCCAUUAUUUCAACUGUAUUUUAAAUGUGCCUCAUUCUAACACGUAUCCCUGACAAGUAGAUAAUUUUUAUGUUGACAAAAUAAAAAUUAACGUGAA